UCACUGAUUGCAUUUAUUCGACGUGAGAUAGGAGUUUCCCAACCUUAGAGGAAUAAUGGAUCCUUUUCAACGCCUCCCGGCCGAAACCAUCCAGCUCAUCAUCCAAUAUAUCCCAGAUUUCAUCGGCUUAGAGAGUCUCCUGCUGGUAUCAGAGCGAGUCAAGGCCAUCUUCCAAUACGAUCCAUGCCUGAUUGACUUGGAUGACGUGCUCGCAUCGACAUACAUCUUGACCAUGCCAGACAUCCUCAGCCUAUUCCAUCAAGUUCUUCAGAUACAGGUACGCAGCUCCUACACAUCAUCCAAAUCGCGGCACAAAUACAACGUCUAGCAUGCGCCUGCUUAUUCACGAUGCGGCGGAACUUCUGCAGCGCCGUCGAAACCCACUUAUUUCUCUCCAUAGAUAACAAGGACUAUGCAGCCCCUCCCUCCUGGAUCGAGGAGUACCGUACUCACUGGGCGCUCUGGCACCUGCGCCACUACUCCGAUCUGCAGAACCUCGCGCUAAACCACAUCACUUCCCAAUGCUGCACCACGAUAGUCGAAAAGCUAGAGACAUACACCACCUGGAACGGCCUAGUCAACAACGACAGCCCCAUGCCCCGUGUGGAAGAAAUCUGGACUCUUGCAGCAGUCCUGACAGAUCUCGGCCUACACGUAUCAUACGGGUUCUUCAAACACGAGCCAAACGAACCCCUCAAUGCCCUCUGGGACCUCCCACAAGAGACCCCACUACCCCUUAUCCCAUUCUCCAACCUCCCUCCCCAGGCCAUGAACUACCCCGUCUGGUGUCCGUCCCCAGUACCAAACGUCACCAAGAUCAACGAUACCUGGGACCGCAUCGUCCAAGACCCUAGCUUUCCGUCCCUCGUGUCCAUGUUCUUCCGGAGUCAAGUAUACGAUAUGCUCAUGGCGCGUCGACGCACCGCCACGUGCAUGGAGGAUAUGCGACCGUAUCGACGUCUUGGUAUGUGUAUCUGGGAUGCGUGGCGCGUUUACUCUGCUGGCUUGUUGUCUUUUAGGUGCGUCGGGAUGAUACCAACUCCUACUGGAGGGUUCGUUGAACCGAGCCGUCCUGGUUUACAUAAUGUUCGGAAGAUGCAGAUACGAUGGGCGGCGUUGAUUGGUAAAGAUGUGUGAGUGUGUGUAUGUAUGAAGGUUUGUCUUUGUAGGUUGUUUGUGAAGCAGUGCGAGUUACAUCCCUUGUUUAGAUGUUAUUUUGUUAUGCUACUAAUUUAGUGAAUUCAGUCGUGCUAAUGAACAGAACUACUAUUUAGGUACUAACUCGGCGCGUAGGGGGGGCUUGUACAAUACUCCUGGUUAGUCUACCCUGGCCACUACUGUAACAGAAGCUCUAUAAACUGAGUAUAUGAGGGAACGGCAAACACUUAUACACUGUUACUUAUAAGGCUGUCGGCAUAUCAUCCCAAAAAUGGCCUGAUAAUCCCAAAUACACA